AUGGCGGAUUCCCAGUCAACGACCAUGUCCGAGAAGCCGCGCACCAGCAGCAUAUCGCAAGCAUCGGAGAGCUCACAAACAGCGGCUGACUUUAUCAAAGAGCAACUUAGCCUCGAGGCAGAAGCACGCGAGGCUCUCCCCUACCAAUUCGAUACCUGCAUACGCGACCUCGGCCCUCUGCGACAGAGCCUUUACGCAUGCCUCACCUGCAACCCCGCGCCCGCAUCGUCUGCCCAGCAAUACACUCCAGCAGGCGUCUGCUACUCAUGCUCCAUCUCCUGCCAUGGCGAACAUACCCUUGUUGAGCUAUUCAACAAGCGCAACUUCAUAUGCGACUGUGGAACUACCAGGAUACCGGAUAUGACGCCAUGCACACUUCGUCUCAACGCAGAAACUGGACGUAAAGGCGAUGUGACGGGCGAAGAGCCAGCCAAGACGAACAAGUACAACCAGAACUUCAGGAACAAAUUCUGUGGCUGCGGCGAGGACUAUGAUCCUCAACAAGAGAAGGGCACCAUGUUCCAAUGUCUCGGACUUGGGACUUGCGAGGAGGGCGGCUGUGGUGAAGACUGGUGGCACCCUGAAUGCCUCGUAGGCUUCACUCGGGCGGAGUACAGCAAGAUGAUUGAAAAGCCUAAAGUGGAAGAGAAGAAUGACAAGGUAGAUGCGAUGGAGACCGACAAACCCGCAACAGACAACACCAAGACCAACGGUCACGCGGACGAGAAUACGGCAUUACUUCCAGCGGACAUCGCAGCUGCAAUUACAAAUGGCAAUGGGGUUGAUGGCAACGAUGUUGCAGCAGAUGCUGGGGCAGAAGAGGAAGAUGACCCCCCGCUGCCUCCAGGCUUCCCUGAAGAAGACGACUUCGAUCACUUCCUCUGCUACAAGUGUGUCGAGGCCAAUCCAUGGAUCAAACAGUACGCUGGCUCAACUGGGUUCCUCGCACCAGUAUACCACGACAAAGCCAUGGCGCUUUCUCAUGCCCAGAAGCCCCCCGUCUCAGCCCCAGAUGACAGCAACGGCGACUCCAAGAAACGCAAAGCUUCCGACGAAGACGAACAGCAGCAGACAUCAUCCCACUUGACAGCUCCAGCUCCGGCUAAGCGCCAAAAGUCCGAAGAUCCAAGCGGCACACUCUCCAGCACCCCCGAAGACACAACGACGCUGCCCAUAACCCCCAAGAAGCCAGAAGCACCAGAAGGCCCAAAGCACGCUUCCCUCCCCCCUCUUCCCGUAGCCGCACUCACAACGCCAUUCUCCCUCUUCCUCAAGCCCGACUUCCGCGACCACCUCUGCCACUGCGACGCCUGUUACCCACACCUAAAAGCCCACCCGCAACUCCUCGAAGAGGAAGACACCUACGAGCCCCCCGUCUCCGAAGACGGAGAAGAAGGCGGACAGUCCGUCGGUACAGGAAGUAUUCUCGAUCGUGGUGAAGCCGCUUUCAACAACAUGGACCGCGUGCGUGCUAUCCAAGGUGCAAUGGCGUAUGCGCAUCUCAAAGACAAGGUCUCGGCGUUCUUGAAGCCGUUCGCUGAAUCGGGUCAGGCUGUUGGUGCGGAAGAUGUUAAAGCGUACUUUGAGAAGCUGAGGGGUGAUGCGCAGGGUAUUCAGGAAGCUGCUGGCGAUGCGAAGGCGAACAGGGAUGAUGAUGCGGAGGGUGGGGCUGAGGGCGGUGGCAGGAAGAAGCAGAGUGGGUAUUAA